AAGUGUGUGCGAAGAGAAUGGCGUCGAACGAUUUGCUGGAGGAUCUUCCUAUUUCGGCCAGUGCUUUAAAAGAAUUCGAAGAGUGUGGUGUGGACACAACCGCCCUGAUAUGUUGGGACAAGCAGCAAAUUUCAGAAGCUCUCUUACAAACUAAUGUUGAUUGGGACGUCGAGACGAUUUGGGAUUUAAUUUCAAAUUGGCGAAGUCGUAAUGGACUAGAAAAUGCUGUAAUCGUGUUUGAAGACACUAACAGUGCUCCGCAGGACGCAGCUAGCGUUACAGAACAAACGGAAAAAGAAAGUUCCGAGACGCUGAAAAUACAAGACGAACCAGAGGAAAAAAAUAAGAUAUCUUCGAACUUGAUAAUUAAGUAUGAAUCCCCAUCUGAGUCGGUGGACGAAAUUAUCGCCGAAAGUUCGCCAGUGAUAACGGAGAAUUGCUCGAUUUUCACACAGCAUACUCAAUCAGGGCUCACGCUCUUCUAA